AAGAAAGUUAAAUAAAAGAAGAAAAGAAAGAAAAAAUAAAGGUAAAGAGUUGAACUGUUAGCUUAAAUGAAUACUGGAAACACUGUGUAUUUAACUCAGCGGGCUUUUAGACCAUGAAGCAAGGCAACAUCUGCUUACUGCUCGAGCCCUAGUGAAGGAUGAGAAGUGAGGCAGAGGCGCGAGCGUACACACACACGCGCACGCACGCACACACGCUCGCACUCAAGGCGGUGAAAGAGAGAGAGAGAGGAGAAGAGGAAGAGAGAGAGAGAGAGAGAGAGAAGAUGAUGAUGAUGAUGAUGAUGAUGAUGAUGAUGGUGCUCUGGGUCUCAACAUAAUCCCGUGCAUUGUUUUCAGAACAAAGUGGAGCUGAAUGCGCCGCUCGCGGGAAACACUGCAGCAAAAUGAGGACAGCGACGCGCCAUGGAGCAGCCGUGUUUCUGGCCAUCACCAUGUGCACCAGCUUGUUCUUCAUAUACAAUAUCAACAACAACAACAACAACAACAACGCUGGAAGUUCUGCUGCGUCCACCCAGAAACCGCACAAAGCGCCUCCUCCGCCACCUCUGCAGGGAUACAUCAGCAUUAUUGACCACAGUCCCCUGAAGAUGCAUUGCGGAAGCUGCUCACUGGUUACUAGCUCAGGUCACCUGACAGCCGGAGGGCGGGGAAAGGAAAUCGACAGUGCCGAGUGCGUGAUCCGUAUGAACGAUGCGCCCAGUGGCCGUGGCUUUGGUCCAGACGUUGGCCGACGCACUACCCUGAGGGUGAUUGCGCAUUCUAGCAUGCAGCGCGUCUUACGCAGUCGCCACGAACUGCUCAACUCCAGUCACGACACCGUGUUCAUCUUCUGGGGCCCGAGCAACUACAUGCGGCGGGAUGGGAAGGGCCUGGUCUACAACAACCUGCGCCUCAUGAACCAGGUGCUGCCCAAGCUUAAGGUCUACAUCAUCUCCUGGCAGAAGAUGCUGCAGUUUGACGAGCUCUUCAAAAAAGAAACGGGCAAAGACAGGAGGACAUCCAACUCCUGGUUGAGUACGGGUUGGUUCACGAUGACGAUAGCCCUACAGCUGUGCGACCGAAUUAAUGUUUACGGCAUGGUGCCUCCAGACUUCUGCAAGGAAGCUCAGCGCCCGUCCGUCCCAUACCAUUAUUACGAGCCCCUGGGGCCAGACGAAUGCGCCAUGUACAUCUCCCAUGAGCGCGGACGCCGAGGCAGCCAUCACCGCUUCAUCACAGAGAAGCGCGUCUUCGCUAACUGGGCACGGACGUUUGACAUCCAUUUCUACCAGCCCGACUGGAGCCCAGCACCUUUACCUAAAAACAGCACGGGGACCACAGUAUCACCUCAGUCACGGAGGACGUGACUCCAAACUUGGAACUAUCAUGUCCACAGGCUAAUACAUACAAAGAGCUGUCUUGCUUCCCCCCCCUCCCCUUCUUCUUCUGCAGACUGAACGAAUAGAGAACUCCACAAGCAUCCAGUAUUUCUUUGUGCUAUUGACGCAUGGACAUUUCUAAUCCGAAUCCGUGAAGCAGAGACGAUUUGCAUUUAUGGUACUGUUUGGAUAACCUGUGACCGAGUUCCACAGGGGUCAGUGCCGGGACCAAUUUAUUUUGGACAAACGCUCAAGAUAGAAGCAUGUGUAGAAGCGUUAGUGAUACCUGAGAUAAUUCAUGUCAACGUAUUAGUGUUAAGGUCUGAAAUAAAUCACGGACGAUACUGUAAUUACCUACAAAAUUCUGCCGUUACCUAAAAGAGGCAUGAAUGUCGUCAUUUUUCUAUAUUUGGUAGAUGAAGUUUUAGCUUAAGUCAUUUUGAGCUAAUAGUACAAAAAAAAAGCUUUGGAGGUUUCCAGCUCAUAGUGCAAAAUGGUUUAAGGGAGCUAUUUGGAGUAGAAUAUUAUUUAAGAUGACCUUAUUUCGGUCGUAAUUUUGCAGUUUGUUUCAUUUAUUACCCAUCGUAUUUUCUGUUACAGAUGAAGGACAAUGUUACCUUUUUUUUUUUUUUUUUUUUGCUUUGCAGAAUUCUCAGGAUCUGUUUUUUUUUUCCUAAAAUAAAAAUUGUAUUGUAUAUACUAGAGCAUACAAACACACGGUAUGAGAACAUACGUAAGUUGCUUACAAUUUCACAAAUGAACUUUGUUUGAUUCCCUUUAACAAGAGCAAAUAAAAUGUUAGCUUUAAUCUUCUAAAGCCACUCCAAACUGAAGGGCUAUCUUGAUUGAGAAUCUAUGAAAUUAAUAAUAACCUUGACAGCAAUCACAGAAUACAUCUGUAAUUUGCAGAUAGUACUAAUAAGCCAGAAACGAGCCUCUCUUUACAGUCAGUAAACAGCAGCUCUAUAUGGUGUUAUAGCUACAUUAGACGGACAUUGCAGCUUAAUGAAACCUGAAGCUACUUAUGAAUUAAUAAGAAUUGUAAGUACUGUUAAUGAAUCCAAACGUUUUGUCUCGAGUGGUCAACUACAAUACGUUUGGAGAUUACUUCAUCAGUGUUAACAAAAACAUUAUAUACUGAUUAUACUGUUUUUCUUUCUUUUUUACAUUAUCAGGCUGCAGUUACGCUACGUCCCCGUGCCAGUUGUUCCUAUAUAAAAACAAUAAUGUAUUGGAACGAGCACAUUAAUAUAAACGUGUGAUCUGCAGCCGCACUGCUGUUAUAAACUCAAUCAACACCUUCCGGCCAAUCAGAAUCAAGAAUUCAAAGCUAGCAUAAUGAUAAUUCCUUAGUAUGAAUUUUUAGAAGCUCCUGAUAUUAGUUUGCAUUUAAAAUGUCAAACACAUUAUCGAUACAAAAGACAUUAACAUUUUGAAUAAAGCACCAUUCAAGUGAGGGAACAUUAAUUCAUCGCAUUAAUCGCAAGGUGGUUGUUUCUUCCUUCUUCUUUUUUUUUUGGUCAUAGAGGCACUAAAAUGGAUGACUCUACAUAAAUAGCCAGUAAAACUGGAACUACAUUUGUAUUCAGGUGCCAUGACUUUGUAUUCAGAAUGUCCUCCUGGGAUCCAAAUGAAUAAACAAUUUUCCCCGAUUUGCAAGUCGAGUUUGUGGACGCGUGGAAAUCUCAAAUUAUUAUUGACUGUGAGAAUGAGAAUGAAACCGAGUGUAUUUUUUGGGUAAUUUCAUUAGUCAUGAUUUUCAAAUUUGCUCCCUUGAAUGGAUCCGUGCUGAGAAAAAGCCUCUUAUUAUAAAUGCCAUGGUAUUUGUAUUGAUAAGGCGUAAACUAAGUACCAGUCGCUCGAGCUCAGGCCUGUUUUGUGGAAAUUGGCCAUGUUCCACUUUUAAAGAGAGCGCGGAAUUAAUCAGUCGCUCAGCUGGUGAUCUCAUUUUCAUGAGUGCAGCACGAAAUCUGCACUGUGCUGUAUAACCACUUUGAUUUGUACCUGCAGCUACCCCCCCAAACAUUAUCAAACCCCUUUACAGAACCUAAGAAAGUGUUCACUUUCUUGCUGGGUUGAGAACGGUCCAUCACCCAGAUAAUAUCUGCUCAGCAGUGGUGUAAUGGAGGUUCCUUUCCACUGAUAAAAGCCACUAUGCAGAGAAACAGACUAGACUAGACAAAGUAGAGCUGUACACACAGCCUUAAACGUGUCCACAUAUUGUACUGUUAUGAACUGAAACGGACCUUAUUGAGAUCAUGUGAUGAAUCCAUAAUACUGACUUUAAAAAGAGAAAACAAAAAUUUGUAUAAAUCAUGGUUGCAUAAAAUAUUUAGCCCUGUAGCCGUGAAACUCCGAAAUGAGUUCUGUCGCCAUCAGAAGUCACAGAAUUAGCUGAAUCGAAUAAAGUCGACCUGUGUGGAAUUAAAGUAUCAUGCCAUCUCAAUAUCAAAAUACACCUCUUCCUGGAAGAACCAAGAGCAUACCUAAAUACCUAAAAGAAGCACCAUGAAGACC